UUGUAUUCAAUUCAAAAUUUGGUUAUAAACUUGGGCUAGGGCCAGGGCUACUAAGUUAGUAAGUUUUAUAGUAUAAAGACAAAUUUGGCCUGUGUGUUGUGUUCUGUGUUAAGAGGCCUUUAAAAAAAAUAGUACUUAACUUAGACCUAUUUUGUUAUUGUCGUCUAAAGAUGUUUUCCGACACUUUGAUAAGCCCUAAAUCUGAUCAGUCAAUUCGCACUAGAUACCAAAAUAUCAAACGCAGAAUAAAUUCUCCUAACUUCAGAGAUAUUUUACGUCAGCGUUGCAAGGAACGAGUAAAAGCAAGAAGGACUCAACUCUUUGAUAAUCUUAGAUCUUUACAAAAUGAAGAAAGUGUACGUGAUGCAAUUUCUCAGUUUAUUGACAUGGACUUGGAGGAGAUUAACUCACGCAACACAUCUCCAGAAAGUAUUGCAAUUGAAGAUGAUUGUAUGAACGAAUUUGAUGACACACCUCUUUCACAGUUAGCAGUUACGGAUCAAGAACGAUGGAUUCUUGAGGAGUAUGAGAGGAUGAUAGAGAUGACAAAUGCUCAGGCUGAGAUGGCUGAUGUUGUCACUUGUCCAAUGUGCAGUCAUGGUAUUCUCAAAUGUGAUGUUGACAAACAGGUUAUUACCUGCUCAAAGUGUUCCCUUCUCCUUCCUGGAACACUUUCGUUGGCUGAUCUUGAACAAAGACUCGUCCUGGCUGUAGACAGUCAUGGUCAGUUCUGCACAGAACACCCCUCCUUCAGUACAUAUCCUGAGGGGUUUGCAUCAAACUUGUUGCUUUUGUGUAUGGAGUGUGGCCAAUGCCUUCCAAUUGUGUGAACAUUUAAAUCCAAAAGUGUUCAGAGAUAUUUACAAGAUAGACAAUUCUUGAAUAUUUUGUGCUUGUCAAGUGUUUUAUAUUGUUAAUUGAUUCACCAAAGACUUUGGUUAGAACUUUGUUAUUUUUAUAGAGUUUUUAGUAAAGACUGAAGUUUUUGAGCAUUUAAUUUGUUAUAAGGUUUCAACAUUGUAAGAAGAUUAUGUUUUCAGUAGCAUUACCAGUGGCUGUCCCUUUUUCUACUUUAGAUAGUGUUUAACUCAUCAUUUUACCUCACAAUUUAAGAUUUCUUUAUGUUCUGUUGAAUGAAUUGUAAAACGGUUUUCUACUCAUUUUAGACGCUAAUUUGUUGUUAUGUGAGAAAUCACACAAAAAUGGGUAUUUAAUAUAAUGAUUUAGUGUGGGAAAAGUAUAUUUUGUUGAUGAGAUUCAAUUUAUGUGACAGUUUAACUGGUUGACUACAGUAUCAACUGUGCUAGGCAGUGAAUUGCAUUACCUAGUAAUUGUUUGCGACUAUCAAUAAUGCAUAAGCUAUUUCUCAACAAAAUGUAUCCAAUACAGGCCUAGCUUUAGUUAUAUUUUUUAAUAAUCGUGGCUACAUGUGUGAUGUCACAACCAGUACCUGUUAACCUAGACGUUAGGAUUUUACUAUUAGUUCUGCAUGUAACCAAAAACAAAUUAAUAAAUUUUGUUUUUUUUAAU